UACACUGAACACACCGCGCUCCGAGUUUUUAUUUUCUGACCAGCAGGUUUGCAUAUCUGCUUUGCUGCCAGUUCGGUAUUUGUUACUCUUUUCUUAAUUUUAUAUUUGGAAGCAUGAAGGUAGCGGCUGUGUUUAUAGCUGUUUUGGUAGCCGCAACAAGUUUCUCCGGCUGCAACGGAGCGGCAAAUGGACAAAAAAUAGGAGGGGGAGUAAGGGACCUCGACUUUAACGACGUGAAUUGCCAAAACGGGAUGUCUUCCACAAUGCAGAUGGGAUGCCGUACCUGUGAGCCAACAUGCAGCAGCCCGGUUUCCACCUGCCCAGUGGAUGUACCUAACUGUGAUGUGAAACGCAGCUGCGUCUGCAAGCCAGGAUUGGUACGCACCGCCCUGGGAAAAUGCGUGCCGGUCAGUCAGUGCUCGGCACCAGCGCCGGCAACGACUGCAGCAUCUACUAAGCGGCCGACGGCAGCGCCACCUGCUCCAGGGCCAAGCAACGGGGGAGGAUUAGACCUCGACUUUGACGACGUGAAUUGCCAAAAUGGGAUGUCUUCCACGAUGCAGAUGGGAUGCCCUACCUGUGAGCCAACAUGUAGCAGCCCCGUCUCCACGUGUCCAGUGACUGUACCCAACUGUGAUGUGCAACGCAGCUGCGUCUGCAAGCCAGGAUUGGUGCGCACCGCUCUGGGAAAAUGCGUGCCGGUCAGUCAGUGCUCAGCACCAUCGCCGGCAACUACUGUCCCACCACCUCCUCCUGUCACUUUCCCCCCGGACGAUCCGACUCCAGGGCCGGCCCCCGUGAUGUGCAUGCAUAAUCUGCAUCCCACACUGCAGAUGGGUUGUCCCGCCUGCGAGCCGACCUGCAGCAAGCCCACGCCCUCGUGUCCACUGCGGGGGAACGACUGCCCCGUGAUAAUCAGCUGUGUCUGCAAGGACGGGCUGGUGCGCAACGCCCAGGGAGACUGCGUGAAUCCUAGUGAUUGUCCAGCGGCACCGGCUCCCGAGGCACCUCCCGUGAUCACCUGCUCCCUUACCGGGUUGACCAGUAACCCCAUGCAGCUGGGUUGUCCCGCCUGCGAGCCAACCUGCUCUAACUUCAAACCCACGUGCCCCUUGCUGUGGGGCCCCAACUGUCCCGUGAAGAGCGACUGCGUCUGCCGAGCGGGAACGGUGCGCACCGCGCAGAAUACCUGUGUGAAACCUAGUGAAUGUCCCGGCGUCUCGAUUUUGCGCAAUUUAUCUGCCACAUGUCUGCUCGAUGGCGACGCAGCGGUAAUCGAAGAGACGUCAACGGAUGGCAAAGCCAUACUUAACCUGGCCUUUUUCGGAAUAAACUGCUACACCAACAUGCAGAAGGGUUGUCGCAAUUGUGAGCCGACAUGCAGUAACCGCAACCCCUCCUGCCCACUAACGUGGUCGAGGUGCCCGUCGAGCGACGUUUGCGUCUGCAAACCAGGAUUCAUGCGCAACUCCCAGGGAAGCUGCGUGACGGCUACCCAGUGCAAUAUUCGAGAUACGUCAAAUCCCCCUGUCCCUCUUCCCGUGAUACCGACGCCAGAGUCACCUGUCAACGACACGACACCGGCUCCAGCGUCGUCUUCCUCCGCAAUCUGCGUCCAUGGACUGCAUCCCACGUUGCAGCUGGGCUGUCCCGCCUGCGAGCCGACCUGCAGCAAGCCCACGCCCUCGUGUCCACUGCGGGGGAAUGACUGUCCCGUGAUAGUCAGCUGCGUCUGCAAGGAGGGAUUGGUGCGCACCACCCAGGGAACCUGCGUGCCGGCCAGUCAAUGCCCGCCAUAAUUUGCGGAAGCACUUCGCGCCUGACGUGGCCACUCGACUCGGCUUCACGAAUGAGUAGAGAAAUUAGGAAUUUGCAAACCGUUGACUAGCUUUGCGUUGUGGGGAAUGCCUGCUUUACGGGAAUUGAGCUGCAUUAUUACGGUGUUUGAUAACCG